AUACUACUACGUAACAUCCUUGACCUUAUACAUGUUUUAUUUUAAAUAUUUGCUUUGUCAUUUUGCAUUAUGAAAUUACUAAAAUUGUGAAGUGGGCAUUAUAAAUAAGGGAUCAAUGUUAUUUUUAUAAAUAAAUAACGAUUUAUUUGGAAACAAAUAAAAUAGAAAAUAUUCGAUAUUAAAUUAUUAAAAUAGAUCGUCAUUUUAUGAAGUACCUAAUCAAACAAAUGGAAUCUAUAUGUAGUUUGAUCACUCGUAAGGUGUAAAAAAAUUAUAUAUAUUAUACAAAUAAGAAUUAGAAUUAUUAUUUUUAUAUGUGGUGUUUUAUUUUUAAUUAGUGACCAACACGUUUUUUUUGCCGGAUCUAUUUGUGUGGCCACGUAGUAAUUCAUAUGGUAGGACUUUUACAUGAGUCAUCAUCCCCCUAUUCUCUUUCAUAUUUCAAAAUAUUUUUAAAUGCAUUCAAUAUUAGAUUUAUAAAGGAUGAUAUUAAAAGAAAAUAUAAAAAUAUAUAUAGUUAUGUGAUAUAGAUGAAGGAGGAGGGGGUCAGCUUAUAAACCAACAUUUGCUAACAAUACUAGAGGGAGGUGCGUGUGAAUGCUUGGGGGAGGCGUAGUAGAAAUGAAGAGUCAGGGAGAGAUAUAGACAAUAACUCUGAAAUCAAAACCAGGAGCUCGGCUGACGAGCAUAUGAAAGUAAGGUCAGUGGAUACUUCUCAGGCUCUUUCCAGAGUAAUCCCUAUACCGAAAUCCCAGCUCACAGCAUACAGAGCUGUGAUCAUCAUGCGACUCAUCAUCCUCGCCCUUUUCUUCCAAUAUCGUGUCACGCAUCCUGUUGACAGUGCCUUUGGUCUAUGGCUGACUUCUGUCAUUUGUGAGAUAUGGUUCGCCUUCUCUUGGGUGCUCGAUCAGUUCCCCAAAUGGUGUCCUAUCAACAGGGAGACCUUCAUUGACCGCUUGUCUGCCAGGUAUGAGCGCGAGGGGGAGCCGUCUGAGCUUGCUGCUGUCGAUUUCUUUGUGAGUACAGUGGAUCCAUUGAAGGAGCCUCCUUUGAUAACAGCAAACACAGUCCUCUCAAUCCUCGCAGUGGAUUAUCCAGUUGAUAAAGUUUCUUGCUAUGUAUCUGAUGAUGGUGCAGCCAUGCUUACCUUCGAGUCCCUUGUGGAGACGGCUGAUUUUGCAAGGAAAUGGGUGCCCUUCUGCAAGAAAUUCGCCAUUGAGCCUCGUGCCCCAGAGUUCUACUUCUCACAAAAGAUUGACUACUUGAAGGAUAAAAUCCAGCCUUCCUUUGUCAAGGAACGCAGAGCAAUGAAAAGAGACUACGAAGAGUAUAAAGUUCGGAUAAACGCUUUAGUAGCAAAGGCCCAGAAAACACCAGAUGAAGGGUGGAUCAUGGCUGAUGGAACAUCUUGGCCGGGAAAUAAUUCCCGCGAUCAUCCUGGAAUGAUUCAGGUGUUUUUAGGAAACACGGGCGCACACGAUACAGAUGGCAAUGAGCUGCCGAGGUUGGUUUAUGUCUCUAGAGAGAAGAGACCUGGUUACCAACAUCACAAGAAGGCUGGUGCAGAAAAUGCUCUGAUAAGAGUUUCUGCGGUUCUAACAAACGCACCGUACAUACUCAAUCUUGAUUGUGAUCACUAUGUGAACAACAGCAAAGCUAUUCGCGAGGCAAUGUGUUUCUUCAUGGAUCCUCAAGUUGGCCGCGACGUCUGCUAUGUGCAGUUCCCCCAGAGGUUUGAUGGCAUUGACAAGAGCGAUCGAUAUGCCAACCGUAACACAGUUUUCUUCGACGUAAACAUGAAAGGGUUGGAUGGAAUUCAAGGACCAGUGUAUGUCGGGACAGGAUGUGUCUUCAACAGACAAGCCCUUUACGGCUAUGGCCCUUCAAACCUUCCCACUCUGCCUGCCAAGUCAUCGUCAUCGUCUUGCUGCUGCUGUUGUAGAAAGAAGCCCGCGAAAGAGAAGGAUUUCGCAGAGACGUAUCGUGAUGCCAAGAGAGAAGACCUCGAUGCUGCCAUCUUCAACCUCAGAGAAAUCGACAAUUACGAUGAACACGAGAGGUCGAUGCUCAUCUCGCAGAUGAGCUUCGAGAAGACCUUCGGGUUGUCUAGCGUCUUCAUCGAGUCAACACUGCUGGAAAACGGAGGAGUGGCUGAUUCCGCGAAUCCAUCAACGCUGAUCAGAGAAGCAAUCCAUGUGAUCGGGUGCGGGUACGAGGAGAAGACGGCAUGGGGGAAGGAGAUCGGUUGGAUCUACGGGUCGGUUACAGAGGAUAUUCUGACGGGAUUCAAGAUGCAAUGCCGCGGGUGGAGAUCAAUCUAUUGUAUGCCGUUGAGGCCGGCGUUCAAGGGAUCGGCGCCGAUCAACUUGUCGGACAGGCUGCACCAGGUUCUGCGAUGGGCGUUGGGAUCCGUCGAGAUCUUCCUGAGCAGACAUUGCCCCUUGUGGUACGGCUUCGGCGCCGGCCGCCUCAUGUGGCUGCAGCGCCUCGCCUACAUCAACACCAUUGUUUACCCUUUCACCUCUCUCCCUCUCGUCGCGUACUGCACCCUCCCCGCGAUAUGCCUCGUCACCGGCAAAUUCAUCAUCCCCACGCUGUCGAAUCUGGCGAGCGUGCUGUUUCUAGGGCUUUUCAUCUCGAUCAUCCUGACGAGCGUGAUCGAGCUGCGGUGGAGCGGCGUGAGCAUCGAGGCGCUGUGGCGUAACGAGCAGUUCUGGGUGAUCGGCGGCGUGUCGGCGCACCUGUUCGCGGUGUUCCAGGGGUUCCUGAAAAUGCUGGCGGGGGUGGACACGAACUUCACGGUGACGGCGAAGGCGGCGGACGACGGGGAGUUUGCGGAUCUGUAUGUAUUCAAGUGGACGACGGUCCUGAUCCCGCCGACGACGAUCCUGAUCAUGAACCUGGUGGGAGUGGUGGCGGGAUUCUCGGACGCGCUGAACAGCGGGUACGAGUCGUGGGGCCCGCUGUUCGGGAAAGUGUUCUUCGCGUUUUGGGUGAUUCUUCAUCUAUAUCCGUUCCUGAAAGGUCUGAUGGGGCGGCAGAAUCGGACUCCAACCAUAGUUGUGCUGUGGUCGGUGCUUCUGGCCUCUGUUUUCUCUCUCAUAUGGGUGAAGAUCGAUCCCUUCGUCAGCACCAGUGAUGCGUCGGCGGCUGCGGCCAGCUGCAUCUCCAUUGAUUGUUAGCUCUUUUCAAAUUUACCGCCACCAAUAAUGGGAACUCUUUAUAAGUUGAUAGUAAUUCAGAUUUUUGGGACUUAUUUUAUGAAAGAAUGAUGAUCGACAUGUUUGCUUAGAUUGAUUACUCUUUUAAUUUUAAUGUGAAUACGUGGGUUAGAACA